GGAAGCGAAGCGCAUGAUUGCUAUUCGAAUGGGUGUACAAGGAUCAACGCAACACGGAGGUGCUGUGCAAGCAAGCUCGCCGCGCACGCCACGAGGCGGGGACACCUGCCCCCGCGCCCGCACCACACGCACGCGGCCGCCUGCGGCUAGUUCUACAGUACCGUCUCUCGACCUGGGGAAGCGCUGCUUCCCUGCGCCGUCCCGCCACCUCUGCGCACGCAGACCAUGCCACUGCUGCCAACCACCGCCGCCGACGCAACUCCGUCGGAACCCACGGACCCACACGCAUCGCAUCGAUAUCGUACCGCGCGGCCUCCUCGCAAGGGAGGCCGUGAACCAGACCACGGGUUGCCCCCGCGCGCGCGACUGCCCGAGCCGACCGCCGACUGAGCGGGGUCAGGCAGGGGGCGCGCGGUGAGCGAGGAGGGAGGGGGAGCGG